AUGUCCGACGAGGAACACCACUUCGAGUCAAAGGCCGAUGCCGGAGCUUCCAAGACUUAUCCUCAGCAAGCCGGCACUAUCCGCAAAAACGGAUACAUCGUUAUCAAGAAUCGUCCAUGCAAGGUUGUUGAGGUUUCAACCUCAAAGACUGGUAAGCAUGGUCAUGCUAAGUGCCACUUUGUUGGAAUUGAUAUUUUCACUGCCAAAAAGCUUGAAGAUAUUGUGCCCUCUUCCCACAAUUGUGAUGUUCCCCAUGUGAAUCGUACUGACUACCAGUUGAUUGAUAUCUCUGAGGAUGGAUUUGUGAGUCUGCUCACUGAAAAUGGCAACACCAAGGAUGACCUGAAGCUCCCUACCGAUGACAGUCUGCUUACUCAGAUAAAGGAUGGUUUUGCUGAAGGUAAAGACCUCGUUGUGUCUGUGAUGUCUGCAAUGGGCGAGGAGCAGAUUAAUGCCCUGAAAGAUAUUGGCCCAAAGAACUAG